AAUCCGUCCAGCUGUUCGUUUACUUGCGAUGGUGAAGCCCGCGUUCUUCGGGUAUGCGGCUCAUGUCCACGAGUUUAUCCGAAACUUGGCGAUCCUACUGGUACUGGAAAUUCAACUGCCGAUCGAUGAUUUCAUUAUUACAGCUGGUUAUCAUUUUCUUUUUGCUUUGAUGCUUGCUUUUUUUGCUUUGCCAGUGCUUGCUUUUUUUUUUUUGCUUGUGCCUGUUGCACGCAUUUAA